AUGGCGACGACCACCACCGCACACUCCUCCUCCUCCUCGCCACCCGGCUACUCUCCCUCACGCAGAGCCUCCACAACCCGCUUCCGGCGGCGCGACGGCGGCCGCGGCAGGACAAACCUCUCCCGGCCAAUCAGACGGCGCGGCCGCCGGAAGUGUGAGCGUGGGGUUUCCCGCGCCUGCGCCGGGCGCGAGCCUGAGGCGAUGGCGGCGGCGGCGGCGGCGGGAGCCCUGAGGGGGCUGGGCCGGCCCGUGGUGCGGCCGGGCUGGGGCGGUGGGUGUCGCCGGCUGUGGGCGCCCUCAGGAAGAUCCUCGGCCUCUGGGGCUUCGUCGGGCUCGGGCGCGUUGAGCCCCUUCGACCGGCGGCUCAAGCGGAAGCAGAAGAACUGGGCGGCGCUGCAGGCCGAGCCCGGCAAGUGCGACUACCUGCGGGAGGAGGUCGGCAGCAGGAUGGCGGACAGGGUGUUUGACAUCCCCAGAACGUUUCCUCUGGCUUUGGAUGUUGGCUCUGGAAGAGGUUACAUAGCUCAACAUUUAACCAAGGAAACAGUUGAAAAACUUAUUCAAGUUGAUAUUGCAGAGAAUGCUUUAAAAAAUACUGUAAAGUCUGAAAUCCCUACAAUCAGUGUUGUAGCUGAUGAGGAGUUCCUUCCUUUCAAAGAAGAUACGUUUGAUCUUGUUGUUAGCAGCUUAAGUUUACAUUGGGUGAAUGACCUUCCUAAGGCUUUUAGAGAGAUUCACCAAGUUCUUAAGCCCGAUGGAGUAUUCAUUGGUGCAAUGUUUGGGGGAGACACUCUGUAUGAGCUUCGCUGCUCUUUGCAGCUGGCAGAACUGGAGAGAGAAGGGGGGUUUUCUCCUCACGUAUCGCCAUUCACUGCUGUCUCUGAUUUGGGACAUCUGCUGUCAAGAGCUGGCUUUAACACCCUGACUGUGGAUACUGAUGAAAUUCAGGUCAACUACCCAGGGUUGUUUGAGGUGAUGGAAGACUUGCAAGGUAUGGGGGAGAGUAAUUGCUCUUGGAAUAGAAAACCUCUACUACACAGGGAGACAAUGUUGGCAGCUGCUGCAAUAUACCGAGAAAUGUAUGGAAAUAGCGAUGGCUCAGUACCUGCCACGUUUCAGAUCUACUACAUGAUUGGCUGGAAAUUCCAUGAAUCACAGGCAAGACCAGCCCAGAGAGGUUCUGCAACAGUUUCAUUUGGAGAUCUGGCAAAAAUAGAUGGACUUCUUUCAAGAGGAAAAAAAUAGUUAUUCAUCAGAAAUAAUAGCUGUCUUGAAGCUUCCAUAAAGCUUCUCAUUGCAGACAGUCUUCACUUGUCCCUCUUUUGUGAUGACAUUCGGAAAUGAUAAUCUUCUUGCAAAAGGGUUUUCUGGGGUUUUUUUACUGCCUGUGCUAUAUCAGCUGUGCAAAGCGGUGUUCAAUUUUUGUUUCUAGAGAAACAUGUCAGCAGUAUUUUAAGUGAAUAUAUGCUUUUCCAACUUCUGAUUAAAUUACUAUUCUCAAAUGUAAUGCCUCUUCUAGUAUUUCAGUAUCACAGACCACUCCAGGUAUGAUUUGCAAGUCUUGAGUGUUUAUCACCCUGCAUUGCUUUUGAAUUAUUCCUUAAGGAUGGUAGAUCGUAAUAAAGAAUAAUACUUGCUGGCAAGUGUGUUGUAAGACA